AAAUUAACAUGUAUUAAUCAUAUUUGGAAGUUACAAUCACCAAUUUGUCAAAUUUCAGUUCAGAGAAAUCAGCAGCAAGAAGAGAUAUGAAUCACACUAGUUUGAACUUAGGUCCUACUAAUGCACUCAAUAAUCCCUUGAACCAACAUCCGCCGCAGUCGCAAGUUGUCAUUCCGAUUUCUCUCCAACCACUGCCACCACCUCCACCAAAUUUGCCAUCUGGAGAGCUAGUUGAAGGAAAAAGUAGAGAAAACUACAUGAAGAUUGGUCUUAAACUUUAUGAAGCAUCAAUCAAAGGCAAUUGGGAACUUGCUAAAGAGAUUCUAGACGCCCGACCAGAUCUAGUACGCUUUGCCAUCACGGAAAAUUAUGAAACACCACUGCAUAUCGCUGCAUCAGCCGAAAACACCAAGUCUUUGGAAGUGUUUGUAAGAGAACUAGUGAAACGGAUGAAAAAGGAGGAUUUGGAACUACAAAACAAAAACUACAAUACUGCUCUUUGUUUAGCUGCUGCAGCAGGAAAUGUAGAAAUAGCCAAGAUAAUGGUGGGUAAGAACAAGGUUGUUCUCGAUAUCCCUACUGAUAACGGAAUCAUGCCACUCUAUAUGGCUGCUUUAUUUGCUAAACCUGAAAUGGCAAAAUAUCUGUACGACGUAUCCAAUAAAAUGUCUGGAGAUUUUUGGACAAACGAGAAUCGAAGUUGGGUUCUACAGAAAUGUGUUGAAACUGAUAUGUUUGAUAUUGCCCUGAUCAUAGUCAAGGAUCGUCCCGAACUCACAGAAAAGAAGAGAUUACUUACGGAUGUACUUGUAGCUCUGGCUCAGAAGAGAGAUGCCUUUCAAGGCAAAAAACCACAUAUUAUCUUGAGAAUCAUCAAGUCCAUUUGGUCUGUCUUACCUUUCAGGCCAGGGCAUGUUAAAAAGGACAGCGAUGUCGAGCAAUUGUUAAAAAUAAUUUGGGGUAAGGUUGCCAUAAUGCCUAAGAAGGAUGUCGAUGACAUAAUCCGAGGGCCAUCUAUGGAAGUUAAAACGAAGGAAGGUGUCAGAAAAACUAUGUACCCUUACAGAGUACUAUUUCUUGCUGCAAAAAAGGGUAACACAAAAUUCAUCAUUGAGCUCAUUCAGUCCUAUCCAGAUCUAAUAUGGAAACAAGAUGAUAAAAAACUAAGUAUAUUUCACAUAGCUGUGAAACGUCGUCAAGCAAAGAUUUAUAACUUGUUGUAUGAGAUAGGGUCCAUGAAAGAUCUAAUAACUCCCAUGAAAGACAUAAAAGGCAAUAAUAUGUUGCACUUAGUUGGGAAAAGUGCUAAAGCAAAACGAUUUCAGAAUGUCUCAGGAGUCGCUCUACAAAUGCAACGAGAGUUAUUAUGGUUCCAGGAAGUAGAGAGAAUGAUCCCACCUAGUUACAGAGAAAGGAAAAACAAUGAUAAUGAAAUACCGCGUGACAUAUUCACAAAGAAGCAUGAAGAUCUAGUUAAAAAUGGUGAGAAGUGGAUGAAAGAAACAGCUGCCCAAUGUAUGGUGGUCGGUACGCUUAUAGCAACCAUAGUAUUUGCUGCAGCUUUUACACUUCCUGGUGGAUAUGACCAGAACACUGGUAUUCCCUUUUUUCGUCAGAAACCAACCCUUAUUGUUUUCGUAAUCUCAGAUGCCAUUUCUUUGAUAUUCUCUUCAACAUCAGUUCUCAUGUUUUUAUCAAUCCUAACAUCUCGUUAUGCUGAACGUGAUUUCUUGGAAUCUUUACCCAAAAAGCUAAUGUUUGGUCUUGGAACACUUUUCCUCUCUAUUGUGACCAUGAUGGUUGCUUUUAGUUCCAGCUUCUUGUUACUAUAUAACAACAACUUGAAAUGGGUGCCAAUUAUCAUUGGUAGUCUUGCAGCCUUGCCAGUCAUUCUGUUUGCUAUACUGCAAUUUCGUCUUUUAGGGGAUGUCUUUCAUUCAAUUUAUAGAUCUAGAUAUCUCUUUAAGCCCACAAAACGCUUGCUUUACUAUUGA